UAAAAAAAUUAAAGAAUCCACGGGCUAUAAAACACCAAAAUAUCCAUCGAAGAUUCUGAAAAAAAAAUCAGUUGGUUUACUAACACCCUUAGAAGGGAAAACACCGUCUGAAAAAGAAAAAAUACUUGAACAUCAAAAAGCUGCUGGUUUACCUCUACCAGAAGGAAAAACACCGUCUGAAAAAGAAAUUAUUGAAAGAGUUAAAAAGAAAAAAUCUCCAAAACUUUUAUCCUUACGUGGUAAAACUCCUUCCCAAAAGGAAAAAAUAUUGAGACAUCUUGCAAAACAUGAUUUACCACUACCUGAACCAAAAACGGCAUCCGACAAAGCUAUUAUUGACAAAGUGAAAGCAGAAGUGAAGGUUUCGCCUGAAAGAAGACCAAUGUCUGCAAGAUUGAGAUCGGCAAAAGCUGCUGGGUUAUUGACACCAUUAGAGGGUAAGACAGCUGAACAAAAAGAAAACAUUUUAAAGGGAUUGGCUAAAGCUGGAAUUCCACUACCUGAAGGGAAAACAAAAUCAGAGAAAAGAAUUAUUGAAAAGGUACGAGAAGAGAUUGGAUUACCACCAGAACCAAAAACGCCAUCGCUUAGAGAAAAAAUGAAACAAGCUCAAAUAGAUGGUAUAAUAACGCCUUUAGAAGGAAAAACGCCUGCUGAAAAAGAAAAAAUACUGCUAAAAAUGCAUGAAGCAGGUAUACCACUGCCAAAAGGAAGAACAGCGUCAGAAAAAUCUUUGGUCAAGAAAGUUAAAGCUGGUGUUAUAACUAGGCCUUACAGAGUACCAUCUAAGAAAUUAAGAGAAGCUAAAGCUGCAGGCUUAUUAACACCACUAGAAGGUAAAACCGCUGAACAAAAGGAGAGAAUUAUUACAGGGUUAGCAAAGGCUGGUUUACCUUUACCUGAAGGUAAAACACCUUCAGACAAAGCAUUAAUAAAUAAGGUACAGGAAAAAAUUAGAAAAAUAGACAAAAAAUCAGCAAAAGUUAUAAAAGAAGGAAAAGGUCCAAGUGACGAAUGUAUCUGCGAUAUGCUGGCACCGAUGAGACCACAAAAAAAAGCGGUUUCACUGACUGAUCUUAUUGGGAAAACACCAGAACAAAAAGAAAAAUACCUAAAAGACUUAGCGUUGCAAGGAAUCCCACUUCCUGAAUCAAGAACUAAAUCAGAUAAAAAACUAAUAAAUAAGAUUCGCGCCGAUAUAGGGUUACCUCCAGAACCAACAACUCCAUCCUUAAAGGAAAAAUAUAAUAGAGCCCUUGAUGCAGGCUUAAUAACACCCUUACAAGGAAAAUCUGAGCAACAGAAAGAAAAAAUUCUCCGACGUCAAGCGGAAAUGGGUCUGCCUCUGCCGGAAGGUAGGACUCCUUCAGAAAAAGAUCUUAUAGCGAAAGUUAUAGCCACAACGCCACCAGUUAUAAAAAUAAAAUCAGAAAAAUUGCGUAAAGCUAAAGCUGCCGGACUUCUUACACCACUAGCAGGUAAAUCGCCGGAACAAAAAGAAAAAAUUCUUAAAGGGUUGGCCAUGCAUGGAAUUCCAUUACCAGAACCUAAAACAUUUUCUGAAAAAAAUAUUAUUGAUAAAGUGCGUGCUGAGGUUGGUCUACCUCCCGAGCCAAAAACAAUACAAGAGAGACAGAGGUACGAUAGAGCUAUCGCUGCUGGAAUAAUUACUCCAUUACAAGGAAAAUCACCGUCAAUGAAAGAAAAAAUCCUUCGAGGUCAGGCGGAAAUGGGCCUACCUCUACCGGAAGGUAGGACGCGAUCAGAAAAAGAUCUCAUAGCAAAAGUUAGAGCAACAACACUACCACUUUCAAAAGUACACAUGCCAUUAAAAUCGGAGAAAUUGCGUAAAGCAAAAGCUGCCGGAAUACUAACACCAUUAGACGGUAAAUCACCUGAACAGAAAGAAAAAAUUCUCAAAGGUUUAGCCAUGUAUGGAAUUCCUUUACCAGAACCAAAAACUAGUUCAGAAAGAAAUAUUAUUGAUAAAGUGCGGGCGGAAGUCGGUCUUCCCCCAGAGCCAAAAACAAAACAAGAAAAAGAGAUGUAUGACAGGGCUAUCGCUGCUGGAAUAAUAACUCCAUUGCAAGGAAAAUCACCUUCACAAAAAGAAAAAAUCCUUCGGCGUCAGGCGGAAAUGGGUCUACCACUACCAGAAGGUAGAACACAUUCAGAAAAAAGUCUUAUUGCAAAAGUGAGAGCAACAACGCAGCCAAUUCCAAAAAUAAAAUCAGAAAAAUUGCGUAAAGCAAAAGCUGCCGGACUACUAACACCAUUAGAAGGUAAAUCUCCAGCACAAAAAGAAAAAAUUCUUAAAGGUUUAGCCAUGCAUGGAAUUCCUUUACCAGAGCCUAAAACAAGCUCUGACAGAAAUAUUAUAGAUAAAGUUCGUGCUGAAGUCGGUCUGCCUCCAGAGCCAAAAACCCGACAAGAGAGACAAAGAUAUGAUAGAGCUAUCGCUGCUGGAAUAAUAACUCCAUUGGAAGGAAAAUCACCUUCACAAAAAGAAAAAAUACUUCGAGGUCAAGCGGAAAUGGGCCUGCCACUUCCGGAAGGUAGGACGCCUUCAGAAAAAGAUCUCAUAGCAAAAGUAAGAGCAACAACACUACCACUUUCAAAAGUACAUAUACCAUUAAAAUCAGAAAAAUUGCGUAGAGCCAAAGCUGCCGGGAUACUAACACCAUUAGCAGGUAAAUCACCGGAACAAAAAGAAAAAAUUCUUAAAGGAUUGGCCAUGCAUGGAAUUCCUUUACCAGAACCUAAAACUAGUUCAGAAAGAAAUAUUAUUGAUAAAGUGCGGGCAGAAGUCGGUCUUCCCCCAGAGCCAAAAACAAAACAAGAGAAAGAGAUGUAUGACAGAGCUAUCGCUGCUGGACUAAUUACUCCAUUGCAAGGAAAAUCACCGUCACAAAAAGAAAAAAUUCUGCGUGAACAGGCUGAAAUGGGACUGCCUCUGCCGGAAGGUAGGACUCCUUCAGAAAAAGAGCUUAUAGCAAAAGUGAGAGCAACAACACCACCAAUUCCAAAAAUAAAAUCCGAAAAAUUGCGUAAAGCUAAAGCUGCCGGACUGCUCACACCAUUAGAAGGUAAAUCUCCAGCACAAAAAGAAAAAAUUCUUAAAGGUUUAGCCAUGCAUGGAAUUCCUUUACCAGAGCCUACAACAAGCUCCGAAAGAAAUAUUAUAGAUAAAGUGCGUGCUGAAGUCGGUCUGCCUCCAGAGCCAAAAACCCGACAAGAGAGACGGAGGUAUGAUAGAGCUAUCGCUGCUGGAAUAAUUACUCCAUUACAAGGAAAAUCACCAUCAAUGAAAGAAAAAAUCCUUCGAGGUCAGGCGGAAAUGGGCCUACCUCUACCGGAAGGUAGGACGCGAUCAGAAAAAGAUCUUAUAGCAAAAGUCAGAGCAACAACACUGCCACUUUCAAGAGUACAUAUGCCAUUGAAAUCAGAAAAAUUGCGUAGAGCCAAAGCUGCCGGGAUACUAACACCAUUAACAGGUAAACCACCGGAACAAAAAGAAAGAAUUCUGAAAGGAUUAGCCAUGCAUGGAAUUCCUUUACCAGAACCUAAAACUAGUUCAGAAAGAAAUAUUAUUGAUAAAGUGCGGGCGGAAGUCGGUCUUCCCCCAGAGCCAAAAACAAAACAAGAAAAGGAGAUGUAUGACAGGGCUAUCGCAGCUGGAAUAAUUACUCCAUUGCAAGGAAAAUCACCGUCGCAAAAAGAAAAAAUUCUGCGUGAGCAGGCUGAAAUGGGACUGCCUCUGCCGGAAGGUAGGACUCCUUCAGAAAAAGAGCUUAUAGCAAAAGUGAGAGCAACAACGCAGCCAAUUCCAAAAAUAAAAUCAGAAAAAUUGCGUAAAGCAAAAGCUGCCGGACUACUAACACCAUUAGAAGGUAAAUCUCCAGCACAAAAAGAGAAAAUUCUUAAAGGUUUAGCCAUGCAUGGAAUUCCUUUACCAGAGCCUAAGACAAGCUCUGACAGAAAUAUUAUAGAUAAAGUCCGUGCUGAAGUCGGUCUGCCUCCAGAGCCAAAAACCCGACAAGAAAGACAAAGAUAUGAUAGAGCUAUCGCUGCUGGAAUAAUAACUCCAUUGGAAGGAAAAUCACCUUCACAAAAAGAAAAAAUACUUCGAGGUCAAGCGGAAAUGGGCCUGCCACUUCCGGAAGGUAGGACGCCUUCAGAAAAAGAUCUCAUAGCAAAAGUAAGAGCAACAACACUACCACUUUCAAAAGUACAUAUACCAUUAAAAUCAGAAAAAUUGCGUAGAGCCAAAGCUGCCGGGAUACUAACACCAUUAGCAGGUAAAUCACCGGAACAAAAAGAAAAAAUUCUUAAAGGAUUGGCCAUGCAUGGAAUUCCUUUACCAGAACCUAAAACUAGUUCAGAAAGAAAUAUUAUUGAUAAAGUGCGGGCAGAAGUCGGUCUUCCCCCAGAGCCAAAAACAAAACAAGAGAAAGAGAUGUAUGACAGAGCUAUCGCUGCUGGACUAAUUACUCCAUUGCAAGGAAAAUCACCGUCACAAAAAGAAAAAAUUCUGCGUGAACAGGCUGAAAUGGGACUGCCUCUGCCGGAAGGUAGGACUCCUUCAGAAAAAGAGCUUAUAGCAAAAGUGAGAGCAACAAUGCCGCCGAUUCCAAAAAUAAAAUCCGAAAAAUUGCGUAAAGCUAAAGCUGCCGGACUUCUUACACCAUUAGCAGGAAAAUCACCUUCACAAAAAGAGAAAAUUCUGCGUGAGCAAGCGGAAAUGGGACUGCCUCUGCCGGAAGGUAGGACUCCUUCAGAAAAAGAGCUUAUAGCAAAAGUGAGAGCAACAACGCCACCAAUUCCAAAAAUAAAAUCAGAAAAAUUACGUAAAGCAAAAGCUGCCGGGCUUCUUACACCAUUAGAAGGUAAAUCUCCAGCACAAAAAGAAAAAAUUCUUAAAGGUUUAGCCAUGCAUGGAAUUCCUUUACCAGAGCCUAAAACAAGCUCCGAAAGGAAUAUUAUAGACAAAGUGCGUGCUGAAGUCGGUCUGCCUCCAGAGCCAAAAACCCUACGAGAGAGACGGAGGUAUGAUAGAGCUAUCGCUGCUGGAAUAAUAACGCCAUUGCAAGGAAAAUCACCUUCACAAAAAGAAAAAAUACUUCGAGGUCAAGCGGAAAUGGGCCUGCCACUUCCAGAAGGUAGGACGCCUUCAGAAAAAGAUCUCAUAGCAAAAGUAAGAGCAACAACACUACCACUUUCAAAAGUACAUAUACCAUUAAAAUCAGAAAAAUUGCGUAGAGCCAAAGCUGCCGGGAUACUAACACCAUUAGCAGGUAAAUCACCUGAACAAAAAGAAAAAAUUCUUAAAGGAUUGGCCAUGCAUGGAAUUCCUUUACCAGAGCCUAAAACUAGUUCAGAAAGAAAUAUUAUUGAUAAAGUGCGGGCGGAAGUCGGUCUUCCCCCAGAGCCAAAAACAAAACAAGAGAAAGAGAUGUAUGACAGAGCUAUCGCUGCUGGACUAAUUACUCCAUUGCAAGGAAAAUCACCAUCACAAAAAGAAAAAAUUCUGCGUGAGCAGGCUGAAAUGGGACUGCCUCUGCCGGAAGGAAGGACCCCUUCAGAAAAAGAUCUUAUAGCAAAAGUAAGAGCAACAACCCCACCAGUAAUAAAAGUAAAAUCUGAAAAAUUGCGUAAGGCAAAAGCUGCCGGGCUACUUACACCUUUAGAAGGUAAAUCACCGGAACAAAAAGAAAAAAUUCUUAAAGGAUUAGCCAUGCAUGGAAUUCCUCUACCAGAGCCUAAAACAAGUUCAGAAAGAAAUAUCAUGGAUAAAGUUCGUGCGGAAGUGGGCCUGCCUCCAGAACCGAAAACACGGCAAGAGAAACACAGAUAUGACAGAGCUAUCGCUGCCGGAAUAAUAACUCCAUUGCAAGGAAAAUCACCUUCAAUGAAAGAAAAAAUCCUUCGAGGUCAGGCGGAAAUGGGUCUACCUCUGCCAGAAGGUAGGACUCCGUCAGAAAAAGAUCUUAUAGCGAAAGUACGCGCAACUACGCUUCCACUUUCAAAAGUACGAAUACCGUUAAAAUCCGAAAAAUUGCGUAAAGCAAAAGCUGCAGGGAUAUUAACACCUUUAGACGGUAAAACACCGGAACAAAAAGAAAAAAUCCUUAAAGGUUUAGCCAUGCAUGGAAUUCCUUUACCAGAAUCUAAAACUAGUUCGGAAAAAAAAAUUAUUGAUAAAGUUCGUGCUGAAGUCGGCCUGCCACCGGAGCCAAAAACACAACAAGAGAAAGAGAUGUAUGAUAGAGCUACUGCGGCUGGAAUAAUAACUCCAUUACAAGGAAAAUCACCUUCACAAAAAGAGAAAAUUCUGAGAAGUCAAGCCGAAAUGGGCCUGCGUCUGCCGGAAGGUAGAACGCGUUCAGAAAAAGAUCUUAUAGCUAAAGUUAAAGCUACAACGCUGCCAAUUCCAAAAGUAAAAUCUGAAAAAUUGCGUAAGGCAAAAGCUGCCGGGCUACUUACACCAUUAGAAGGUAAAUCACCGGAACAAAAAGAAAAAAUUCUUAAAGGAUUGGCCAUGUAUGGAAUUCCUUUACCAGAGCCCAAAACAAGUUCAGAAAGAAAUAUUAUUAACAAAGUGCGUGCUGAAGUCGGUUUGCCUCCAGAACCAAAAACACGGCAAGAGAAAGAGAAGUACAACAGAGCUAUGGCUGCUGGAUUAAUUACACCACUAAUAGGAAAAUCACCUUCACAAAAAGCAAACAUCUUGCGGGGUCAAGCUAAAUUGGGUCUUCAACUACCUGAAGGCAAUACACCCUCAGAAAAAUCACUUAUAAGGAAAGUUAAGGAAACAACUCCAGUAGAACCUGAAUUCUUAGCGUUGCCUCCAGAAUUAACCAAAUUGGAAAAAAAAACAGCAAAAGUUAUGAAAGAAGGAAAAGGUCCUAGCGAUGAAUGUAUUUGUGAUAUUUUGACGCCUCGUCGUAGGUCGCUCUCUAGAAAAUCUACAGAAAUAUACAAAAUUCCAUCAGAAAAAUUACGGAAAGCUAAAGAGGCGGGCUUAUUAACUCCUCUCGAGGGAAAAUCUAAAGCUCAAAAAGAAAAGAUUAUUAAAGGAUUAGCAUUACAAGGAAUUCCAUUACCAGAAGGAAAAACAGAUUCCGAAAAAAAAAUAAUAGAUAAAGUACGAGCUGAUCUUGGGUUACCCCCAGAACCAAAAACUAAAUCAGCAAAAAAAGCUUAUAAUAAAGCAUUAGCUGAUGGUUUUAUAACACCAUUGCAAGGAAAAUCAAAAGCACAAAAAGAAAAAAUUUUACGAAAGCAAGCUGAGUUAGGAUUGCUUUUACCUGAAGGUCGAACGCCUUCUGAAAAAAGUCUCAUAGCGAAACUCAAGGAAACGUUUCCACCACCAAUAGAAACUCCUUCACUGCGUGAAAAAUUAAGCAAAGCCAGAGCUGCUGGCUUAUUAACGCCUUUGGAGGGAAAAACUUAUGAACAAAAGGAAAAAAUUCUUAAAAACUUAGCCGAAGCUGGUUUGCCAUUACCGGAAGGAAAAACACCUUCGGAUAGAUCUUUAAUUCAAAAAGUUGAGGCUGAAUACGGAAAAUUUCCAAAAGCCAAAACAAAAUCUAAAAAAAUUGGGGAAUCAGUUGUGCGAAGGAAAGGUGGUAUUACUGAAGAGUUCGAAGACAUCAUUAAAACGACAACAUGUGAUAGAGGUUGUGGAUGUGAUAAAAAGAAAAUAAGAUUUAAACAUAGUUAUGUAAAAAUAAGAGUUACUUCUCCUGAUAUAUCAUCUUUAUGUCCCUGUCCAGAAGAGUGUGUACCAGGGGUAAAAGGUGGAGUAUUUACUGAUAAUGAAGGUAUAAAAGUAACAGUUGGAAGAGUUACAGGCAUACCCUCUUUUUCGUCAAGAAAAUCAUUUGAUAGUGAUAAAGCUAUUUUAGAACCUUCUACGAACACAACAUUGAAAAAUAUAUUUGGGAACGAAAAUGGUGUUCUUACUUACCAUUAUUCGAAAAAUUAUAAGAAUACUAAUUUGGCUUGUUCUAAAUCUGAAACUAAUGUACAAAAGCUUUAUAUGAAACAAUGUUUUCCACGCAAUUGUAAAACAUGUAGUUCUUACAACAGUAGAGAUAUUUUUAAAAAUGAUUGUAAGAAAAUUAGCUCUGUCAGAAUUAUUCAAUCAAUUGAAGACAACUUUAAUAACUUGAUUUCGUCACAGGAAUAUCUCAUAAAGAAUACUUCAAAAAAUACAAGUUUUGAAUCAAUGUAUUUAUUAAACAGAGAUUCAUCGCUAAGUUUAUUGACAUUACCCACUAGUAUUAGUAUAAUAUCGUUUUCGACGACGGAAUCUUCAUCAAAUUCCAGUUUUUAUAAGGAAAGAACAUCGUGUACAAGCCUUAAUUUUUCUGAAUGCUUGCAAAGCACAAAUGAUAGCAGUACUUCAGAGGCCAUAAGAAAUACUUCUUUUGAAAGUUAUGGUUGUUUUCCUGAUACUUAUUCUCAAUUCAGAACAUAUAUUGAAAAUAAUGCUAAACAUAAUAUACUCAUGUUUCGGAUAAAUAAAUCGAAGACAAGUUAUUUGAUGAAAAGGAAAUAUUUCGGUAAAAAAGAAACUGCUAUGAUCGAUAAUGAUCUCGUUAUCAACGACUUCAUUUGCGAUAUACUCUCAAAGAGUCAGAUAUAUAGCACGUCGUCUCUCGUCUUUGUCAUGACUACCACCUCCGACGAACACAAUUCAAAAUAUUCUCCAAGUGAAAGGCGACAGAGUUCAACGAUUGGCAUAGAUCUAUUAGGAAAUCACAAUAAUUGGAAUAAUAAGGCAAAAAGUUUACGUCAGAUUCAUCAAAAACAAAAAGGUUUUAAAAUCACUAGUAAAGGAAGAACUGAAAAAAUCAAUUCAUCAGUAAUGCUUGUUGAUUGCAAUAAAAAAAUAAAAUCGCAAAAUGAAAAUGAAAAACAUGAAAGAAAUUUACUUACUAAUGAACAAAAGCAUCAAACAAAUACAAGAAAUCAAAAUACUGAUACCACCCAGGAUAGACCUUGCUGUUGUAAAGCAAAAGAGGAUAGAUUACAUAUUGCUACUGAUAUAAGUCAAAGGAAAGUGGGCAGUAUAGUUACAGAAUUGGUGACUCCUAUAAUACUUAAGGAGGCUGAUGCACAAGGUCUCAGUCAUGAAACAUAUAUAAAUCCACAAGAUAAUAAUAUAAUGCGACAACCACGGCUAAAGGUGACUCAAUCAAACCUUAAGAUGCCAACUCCAAUCAGAUUUUGUAAGAUUCCUCCGUGCAACGAUGGUAAAAAUAGCAAUUAUCAUUUGGUGCCAAUUUGCGGAUCUCAGAAAACUUCAACAAACAAUACCACUACUGAAACUACUUUUAAAACAUGUGACUGUAGUCCUGAGAAAUUGAUGAAGUUGUUUGAAAAAAGCGCAAAAGAAAUAUCAUCAAAAGCUUGCAAUGUUUGUAGCAUCGAAAUUAUUGAUGCGAAAAAACUACUUUCAAAUGAAUGCCAUGCGCGUAAAUGUAACAAUUGCAGAUCAAAAAAAUCACCUGAAGCUGUAACAUCACAUGAAAAAAAACUGAAAAAUGUAUGCCCGUGCGAACAACAAAAACUUUUCAUAGAAAAUGAUUUUGAAGAAAAGAUCGACGACAAAAAGAGUACUUCCUCAAAGGAUCGCUGCAAAUGUUUGCAGAUUGAUAAAGAUCAGAAACAUAUAAAAAAAAACAUAAUAUGUGAAUGUCCUGAACCCGAACCUGAACCUGAAAUAGAUUUUAUGGAUUGGAUUGAUGAAAAUGAAGAGAGGAGACUUAAAUCUGAUUUGACACAGACAAUAUCAGGCUUUAGAAUAAACAUACCUCGAAAAAAAACUGACAGGGAAAAUUUUGAAUUCGAAAUGAGUUUCGAAGAGACAUUGAGGUACAUUGCAGAAAAUCUUGAGAAUGAAAGUAGCAAAUAUAAUAGUGACAUAUGUUCCUGUAAAAGUGAUUUGAAAUUACAAUCAAAAAAUGUGUCAGUCGAUUGUGAAUGUCCAUACGAAUCGUACACCCCAGAAGCUCCAGAAGAAGAGACAUUCGAAGAAGAACCAUUUACGGGUAUUAAAUUUCAUAUUAGUGGCAAAGGUUCCGGUUCUAAAGGGCUGAAUGGAAUUUUGUGUUUUCGUUGUUGAAAAGCUUAUCCAAAGAAAUAACAAUUAAGGAACAUACAAAUAUGACUUUACUGAUCUAAAACCUAUCUCAGUAAAAUGACACCUCACUCACUCCCUCUACACCCCGUAUCUGGAUAAAAACAAAAUUAAAUUAUUUCACCGUCGGACCGAUUCAGGAUAAUAGGUGUACACCUAUUUCAGUCUAUAGGUGUUUGUGCAAACACAAUAGCAAUUUCAUAUUACAAUAAACGUAUAAAAUGUCUAGUUUAUAAAAUUUUGGGUAAGUUAGUGUUUUUGUAAUUCGUUUCAAAUUGGACCAUUAUAAUAAAAAGAA